AGUUUGCACAGAUGGAUGGUUGAACCUUAUGCUCAUACCUGUUGUGACUUGAAUUCAAGUUUAGAAUUUUGGUUUUAAUAGAAACCCGAAUUUUACUGUAAGAAAACAGAAUUUUAGUGAUUGAAAUGGAUGAGCUUAGAACCUCUUACAAUAGUCAAAAUCUGAAAAUGCAGCAAAGAAAAAUGAAAGAAAUUAUUGACACAGUCACACAUUUCAUGACGUGGUUGAGAUUAGGUUGAGUGAGAAAAAUGAAAGAAAUUUAUGGACGCCUUUGCAAACACAAUUUACACCAUGCUUUCCAAUUAACAGUUCUAAUUCAGUUAUCCACCUGUGGUUUAUCAUUUGAAAAAUAAAUUGCACCUUUUUCUUUUCAACAAGCUGAUACUAAAGUUGAUGCUCGUUGUCUCUGGUUAACACUGAUUUCGUUUGUUAGGAGUAACUAAGUUUCUGUUGUCAGGUGACAUCGCCGAUGUAGCGGUUUGGUCAAGUGACAUACCGAGUAACCAGUUCAUAUGUAAGAGCCUUUUUGGAUUUGUAGAGUUGACUAUGAUUGUUUAUGGAAAAAUCUCUUCUCUGCAAUAUCAAGUGCCAGCAUUUGAGUUUCGCGUUUGCUUGAGAGAAAAACUCUUUGCAGCUGCUGGCAUUCAAGUUUGCCCCUUCUCCUUUUCCUUACAUGUAUCCUGAUUUCGAUACCUGUUUAUAUGAUGAGAUGGCGGUUACAACCUUCAAAGGAACUCCUUGCGGAAGUUUCGAGAAUAAGAAAAUGGAAAGAAAGCCUUCUGGUAGAAGACGCGUAUUUGUUCAGACUGAAACUGGAUUUGUUUUGGGCAUGGAAUUAGAUAGGAGUGAUAAUGUGCAUACUGUGAAGAGGAAAUUACAGGUAACAUUCAAUGUCCCAACUGAGGAAAGUUCGCUUACAUGCGGCGACACGGUCUUGAGAAAUGAUCUGAGUGUUGUUAGAAAUGAUUCUCCACUUCUUCUCACAAGGAACAUUUUACACAGGAGUUCAUCUACCCCGUGUCUUUCACCUACCGGUCGGGAUAUUCAGCACUGGGAUCGGAGUGGACCAAUCGAGAUUAUAGGUUGUUCUGAUAUGUUGUCUGGAACUAAACAACUGGUUAAGGAUAUUAUGCAGGCAAUAAAAGGCGGCAUCGAACCAAUACCGAUUCAGAGUGGAUUAGGAGGUGCAUAUUAUUUUAGAAACUGCAACAGAGAAAAUGUUGCGAUUGUGAAACCAACUGAUGAGGAACCUUAUGCACCGAAUAAUCCGAAAGGUUUUGUUGGUAAAGCUCUUGGACAACCAGGACUGAAAAGGUCAGUGAGAGUUGGAGAGACAGGUUUUAGAGAAGUUGCAGCUUACCUUCUUGAUCAUGAUCAUUUCGCCAAUGUGCCUUCGACUGCUCUCGUGAAGGUUACACACAAGAUUUUCAAUGUUAAUGAUAGGGUAAAUGGUAAUAUGCUCCUUAACAAGAAGCAAAUAAGCAAGAUUGCAUCGCUGCAGCAGUACAUUCCUCAUGAUUUCGAUGCAAGUGAUCAUGGAACUUCUAGUUUCCCUGUUGCUGCUGUUCAUAGGAUCGGAAUUUUAGACGUACGAAUUCUAAACACAGACAGACAUGCAGGAAAUCUUCUUGUUAGGAAGGUUGAAGGGCUUGGAAGAUUUGAUCGAGUCGAGCUUUUUCCAAUUGAUCACGGUCUUUGUCUGCCUGAAAAUUUGGAAGAUCCUUAUUUUGAAUGGAUACAUUGGCCUCAAGCUUCAAUUCCUUUCACCGACGAUGAGCUCAAGUAUAUAUCUCGUCUAGACCCAUUUCGUGAUUCAGAGAUGCUUCGAAUGGAGCUGCCAAUGAUUCGAGAAGCGUGCUUACGUGUUUUGAUUCUGUGCACUUUGUUCCUCAAGGAAGCUGCAGCCUUUGGUCUUUGCUUAUCAGAGAUUGGUGAAAUGAUGAGUAGGGAAUUUCAUUGUCAUGGUGAAGAGCCUAGUGAGCUUGAGCUGAUAUGUAUUGAGGCAAAGAAACUUUUAGAUCAUGAAAAUUUCUCAUCUUUUGAGACAAAAGUAGGACUGGGAGACAAAGAUUUGAUCCAGUUUCAGUUAGAUUGUGAGGAUCACGAUAUCGAUUCUGCUUCGAAUAUAGAAGAGAAGCUAACAACAGUAUUGCUUUCUUCUCGAUUCCAAACGAACAAGGGAAGCCGUAGAAUUAUACUUUCUAAACUAGACGAGUGUGUGGCGGAGGAGGAAGAGACUGGAAGUGAAGGUGAAAUUAAUAUUUCAAAGCUGUCCGCAUCUGUGAAAAAUGCGACGAUCGAUGAGAAAAGUUUGCAGCACUCGGCGGGUGUAAAGCAAAGGAGCGGCUCUUUGGCUGGAAUAUCGUCUGGAAAUACUAAUAUGAAUGAGUUGCUUACAAGCUCAAGUUUUGUGAAGCUGAGUGAUAUGGAUGAAGAAAAGUGGAACACGUUUCUUGAAAUAUUUCAAAGGUUAUUAGUUCCAGCUUUUCUUAAUUGCAAACAAUGGAGUCUAGGUAAGAGGCAGAGACAGAGACUCGGAACCUCAUGCUAGUUUGAGAGGCAUUAUAAUAAAUGAAAUAUGGUUUGAAACAAUAAAGUUUUAAUGGCUUGUGCAACCUAGAAAUAAUGAAUUAUAUAUAUAGCAUGUGUUUGUUUGGUUUUGGGUGAGUGGCACCGUGAUUUCACAAAAGCUACAAAGCUAAGAUUCCACUUGGACAUGGAAAAUUUGCAGUGGUUUUGAGUGAAUCCGGAAAACUCGUCGUGCAACCAAACAGCUAAAUAGAUAUAUAGUUUGGUAAAUAAAAGUGUGUACCAAUGUUUUUCAGGAGAUUUAAAUGAUAUUUGUUGUGUGGUGCGUUUGUUCGCUUUAAA